AUGACAUGCCGCCCCUGGUCUACCUCUACCAUAACACUACCAAAUGGAAUAUAAAUUCGAACCCAUUCUGCAUGUAGCUGACGACAAUUGAUAAACAGCCCAAAAACGACGGUGUAAGGGCGAUCAAGCGUGUUAACGGCGAUUGAGAAGCGCAGGGGACUGGGCCUUUUUCCUUCUUCCUUUGGAACCAUCAAACUCCUAUUGAUUCCACGGCAUUGGUGACUGGGACUAGGAAAACACGUGAAGAGAUGAAUGGCUAAAACCAAGAUCUAAUGAUUCUGGUACAGUAGAGCCGGCCAAAUGAUCUGCGCUUUUGUAGCCGACAAAUAGAGCAAAUUGUACUUAGCGCUGAGUGAUUAAAACGAGCUGAUUCUGAAAUUCGCUUUUUUCCCAAAGGGCAAUUUUGGCUAAAUUUUACAAUCCAAAGAUGAUCUGAGAUGAGCAGGAAUUUAAAGAGGAUCCAGACCAAGAUUUAGAGGAUCAUUUGAGUGCAUAGACAACAUUCAAACUUCCAAUGGCAUCUUUUCCUCCAUCUCCAGAACUUGAUGUGCAACCAAUUCAUGGACUAACAACAGAACUUUCUCUCGGGAAGGAUAAUAUUGUUGGGGAGGAACCUGAAUGGGACACAAAAGAUGAAUUCUGCAACAGAACAGAGACAAAAUCUCUGGGCCAAUCUUUUAUUCCCUUACUAUCAUGCCAUGAUAAAGAUGUUACUGAACUGAUUGAGGAUCAAAGUGAAAACGCUUCACAACAGCACAGGCUCAAGUCCUUCUCCAACCUUUAUGGGGAUGAUCAUGGCUGCUUGAACCCAAAAAAGAGGGCAUUGAAUGUAGAGGCACUUAAGCCAUCUGAUCAAUUACAACAGAAGUUUCGGAGCCAGGGAGAUAUUAAAUGUGAAUCAGAUUUCACGGAUGCUAUAAGAGACUCUGAGAUUGGGAAUGGAGCUUUGAAGAGUCCACCGAACAGUAGUGAAAGUAAUCUGCUGGAGGAGCGUGCUGGGAGUUCUCGAACUGGAGCUUUGAAGAGUACACGGAAUGGUAGUGAAAGUAAUCUGCUGGAGGAGCGUGCUGGGAGUUCUGGAAAAUGGAGGCGUACUCGCUUGGCUUCUGAACAAUCAUGUGAAAUAGGUGAAAGUGAUGGAACUAAUAAAAGAAGGAAAACCAGAUGGGAUGUUGGUGAUGCUCAGAUAAAAUUGCUUGGUCCCAUGCAUCUUUCUGAAUUUUAUAACCAGUUCAAAGAGUCUGAAUUGGAUCCAGAGAUUAACGAUUUGAAAAUGCAACUUGUGGAGAUAAAUAGCAAGCUCCAAAGCUCAGACGUUCAGGAUGAUAGGCCCGAGGAAGAAAGAUCUCCUUCCCCAGAGCCUAUGUACAACAACCUUGGCAUAAGAAUAAAUACACGUGAGGUGAGGCUGCGCAGAAGACUUUCAGAUGAGCGUACACUUAUUAUCUCCAAGUUAGUAGAGAAGAACCCUACAUUUAAAACUCCUUUGAAGCCAAAGCUUACUAAGCUUUUUAAGAAACUUUACGUUCCAGUGAAAGAGUAUCCAACAUACAAUUUUAUUGGUCUUAUAAUUGGUCCACGAGGAAAUACACAGAAGAAAAUGGAGAAGGAAACUGGUGCAAAAAUUUACUUGAGGGGCAAAGGUGCUCUAAAAGCUCUGGAGAAACGAGGACAAGCUGGCAAUGAAGAUUUGCAUGUCCGUGUGGAAGCUGAUAAUAAAAGAUCCUUGGAUGCUGCAGUAGCAAUGAUAGAGAAGCUUCUGAUUCCUUUUGCUGAUGGAGUCAAUGUUCAUAAAAGAGCUCAACUAGCCGAGCUUGCCAGAUUGGAGGGAACUUACAAGGACAAGAAUACAUGCAAUACCUGCAAGGAGCAAGGACACAGAGAAUACGCCUGCCCCUUCCGAAAAUCCACUUUUAGGGGGAUUACUUGCGGCUCAUGUGGAAGUUUUUGCCAUCCGACAUCAAAUUGCCCAAUGUCAUCUCAAUUAUACAAGCCGUCAUGGAACUCUUUUGGACUUGGGUCUGUUUUGGUUCCAAACAGGGAAAGCAAUUUGCAUAAGGAAACUGAUUUCACAAACCUGUAUGUUGGUCACUUGCCCCAAAUUUUUGGUUCAAAUAAGUUGAAGGAGCUGUUUUUGCCAUUUGGUAAGAUUAGUGAUGCAAAGGUAAUUAAGAAUCGAAUCACAGGUUUAAAUAAGGGCUAUGGCUUUAUUGCAUUUGAGAAUUCUUCAGAUGCAGCCAGAGCUGUGGAAUACAUGAAUGGCUAUGAAUUCAAUGGCAAAAAGUUGGCUGUAAGGCUUGCUGGGCAUCCACAUCCAGCAGUAGCAGAUAACGUGCCGUCAAGCAAUCCAGUUAUUUGAUUUGGGCUCCCAUCAGCUUUCUCGUGUAGCCAAUCGCAAGCCAACUUGUUUACCACUCCCAGCUGCAUGGAUGCUGCCACAGACUCAAUCAUCCAUUGGAAGCUGUCUAGGCCUAACUUUUCGUUUUUCCUCAACCUGCUUUGGGCCUGUCUGGCAUCGGAUUUCCCAAAAGAGAUUCUGAAGAUCCCUCUCCCUCUCCCUCUGUUGUUGGUUCAACGGAUACAAGCAGCACUCCUUUCCCCUAUCAGAAUUCUGAUGCUUUGCUUGACGAUACAUGGAUUAAAAAGUGCGCAGCUCUGACUACUGAUGUUGUAACGUGUCUGCUAUAUAAUAUCACUGUUGAGCAAUUUGGCAUCUGGGCCUGCUGAAAUAUUCGCCAAUUGUAUGUAUAUGUGCUUCGAGAUUACCUGGUAUCAUCAGCUAUGUAGUGCGAAGGUGGCUAUCACUACGAGUGGGUCCUUGUAUUAUAGUAUCGACGAUAUUGACAUAUGAUGAACAAUAUCACCAAUGAAAUUUUCGCAAGGGCCCCGAUUCAUAGACUGCAGAUGAGAUGAUGUUUCUGAAACAAAUGACCAUCCACUACUGUAGCUGGUUUGGUCUACCCUUGGCCGCAAACUCCAUCUGGGAAUUGAUCACUGAUCAAUAAUGCCUAAGAAAUGUUUGAAUCCCACUCGGGGUAUAUGUCACUUCUAUAUUUAUUUACAAUUCUACUA